AUGCGAUUUCCCGUCAUUGCUGAAUAUCUACCUUAAUGCUAUGCAUUCUUUGGUCCUCGUUUAUUGACAUCAAAGGCCCCGUAUCGGCAGCGUUGAUAAACAGGUUUGACUGUCGACGUGUGGCGAUAGCAGACGGAGUAGUAUCCAGUGUGGGAUUGUUCCUCUCCACCUUCUCGCCAAACCUUGAUGUCAUGAUUCUUUUGUAUGGUGUCGUAGGAGGUUUUGGAAUUGGACUUGUGUACAUGGCUUCACUCGUAAUCGUGAGUUACUACUUCGACAAACGGCGAGCACUUGCUACAGGAAUUGCCACCUGUGGAUCUGGUGUUGGAAGUUUCGUGUUCGCUCCAGUGUACGAGUUUCUGUUGGAAACCUACGGUUGGAGGGGAGCAAUAUGGAUUGUUGCAGGGAUAAUGUUUAACUGUGUUCUAUUUGCCAUAAUAUACAGACCUCUCACUACACACGGGCGUGAAACGUCUUCAACGGGAUAUGUUGGAACACUUAAUGAUGAGAAUAAUACCGAAAAUACAACAAGUGAUACAGACGUGAGGUUCAAAUCACAGAUAUCCCAAUGCAUCGCAAAAACUCAAAAACUUGCACAGCUGCUGGACGUUUCACUUUUUACUAAUGCAGGUUUUGACUUGUUCUUACUGUCUAGUUGUAUCGUUGCCAUGGGUUCGCAAGUUCCAUAUAAUUUCCUACCAGCUUCGGUCCUGGAGAAAGGUUUAUAUGAGACUGACGGCGCACUCCUGAUAUCCGUUUUGGGCAUCGCUACAACCCUGUCGAUGGUCAUAGUCGGACUGGUGGCCGACUAUCCCUGGGCGGAUAGUCUUAUCGUAGGGGGUGUGGCUACAUGCUUUCUCCCGUACUACAAUGACUUUAGCUCUUUGGCUAUAUACUCCGUGAUUAUGGGAAUUCCAUUAGGUAUGUGUCUGUCUCUUCCUACGAUAAUCGUGCUGGAGUUCCUCGAAUUAGAACGAUUGCCAAGCGCGUUUGGAUUGUUGACCUUUUUUAUGGGAAUAUCAACCAUAAUUGGACCUCCGAUAGCAGGUUUCCUAGAAGACAUGACCGAAAGUUACUCAGCAGCCUUCUAUUUUGCAGGAGCUACCUUUGUAUUAGGUGGAAUUACUUGUUUACCCAUACGAUUACUCAUUAAAUGUAAUUCACCUGUUUUAGACACUGACGUACCCACUGCAGAUGUUGUCGAAAUGACACACUUGUAAUUAUAUAUGUGUAAGAUGUACUUCCAGUGCGAUACGGAGAUAACAUACAAAAUAUUUACUCUACCUUGAAAGUACUGAAUUUGAAGACUAUUGUGUAUUAUAUAUCGCGUAUCUAGUUAUUAAUGGUAAAAGUACAAAGUUGUUAAGGUCAUUUAAAGCACAUCAUCCAGAUGCAAACACGGAGCUCUGGAUUUGACCAAGUACCAUUAAACAAAACAAAUUACAUAGUCAGCCUAGGUUCUUACACGGUUUUGAGCAUCAAUUAGCCUCUCUUAAACGGUUUUAUGUUUCCCGUUUAAUUUCUUCUGUAUCCAAGUUGCAUACUGAGCCUUUAUUCCAGGCAUUUUUAUAGCUUUAAUUUGCAUCGUUCCGCAAGGUUAUAAUCACAUAAUCAACGCAAUUAAAAUAAAACUGAAGAGUCCUUAAACUCUAAUUCGAUCUAAAAAAGGUCAAAAGAUAAACAAAUCACACUGAGACGUUUGAAAUAAGACCAGGUGUUUCGUAAGGGUACUCGUUUUCAGCUUCAACAACGAUAGGUCUUUCUUGAAAAAUUAGAAAAAUCUAAAUAAUGUCACGUCCUCAUAGCGAGAUAUAGGGUUUUGGCAAAAAAAACAGACAAUCUAAUGAGCAUACUAAAAAAAACCAGACAUACUAAUGAGCAUUAUAAAACAGACAUACUAAUGAGCAUAUUAAAAUUCAGACAUACCAAUGAGCAUAAUAAAGACAUACUUAUGAGCAUAAUAAAAAAACAAACAUACUAAUAAGUAUACUAAAAAACAGACAUACUAAUGAGCAUAAUAAAAAGCAGACGUACUAAUGAGCAUAAUAAGACAGACAUACUAAUGAGCAUAAUAAAAACAGACAUAAUAUUGAGCAUAAUAAAACAGACAUACUAAUGAGCAUAAUAAAAAGCAGACAUACUAAUGAGCAUAAUAAAAAACAGACAUAAUAUUGAGCAUAAUAAGACAGACAUACUAAUGAGCAUAAUAAAAAACAGACAUACUAAUAAGCAUAAUAAGACAGACAUACUAAUGAGCAUAAUAAAAACAGACAUAAUAUUGAGCAUAAUAAAACAGACAUACUAAUGAGGAUAAUAAAAAACAAACAUACUAAUGAGCAUAAUACAGACAUACUUAUGAGCAUAAUACAGA